AUGAUUCAGCUCUCAGAUUUUGCCAAAGAAAUUAAUAGAUCUACUCCGCAUGUCAUUUGUGAAAUUCUAGAUUACAACUUUGAUCUCGGUUUGCAAAUUGAUCAACGGAUAGAAUUUACAAGCCGGAUGAUGACCAAAGUAAGGUACUUGAUGACAAAAGCCAAAGUGGAAAUACCUGAAUUUGUAACAGAUGUCUUUGAACUUCCUAUGACAGUAUCAACAACAUGCCGCUCACGUGUAAAGCACUCAAAUUACAUUGUCAGCUAACCAGAGGUUGAAAGAAGAUUUAGAAAUAAGGCAAUUUGUUAUAAAGGAGGAGGAAGAAUGUGCCUCUAUAAUGUCCUUUGAGGUAGAUGGGUCGGUUGAGUAUGAAAAUGCUCAACAAGAAAACAAUGUCUCUGAUAAACUUUGACCUUUAUGCUAGCCAGGUAUCUCCUCAUCAAGUCAAAGGGGCCAUGUCUAAUGAAACAGAUGUACUACAGAGUGCUGUUGAAACAGGAACACUUGGCCUGAAGAAUGGGCCUACUACUGACAUCUGUAUAAAGGACUAA